AUGUUCCGACGUAGGAUUCGGUCGGCACCCCUCUGUCCAUCCAUCUUCCGCUUCUUUGUUUAUUUUGUUUUAGCAGCUAACAGCGAUAUCGGUUGUGCCGCUGAUUUGUACCGGCCAGCUGCUAUUAGGCAUUGUUGGACAAUUCAAUCACUGUCGGCAGUGUACAACGUGAGAGACGCACUUGGACGCCGUCGACCUACACUAAAGAAGGGAAGGCAGGCUUCUGAUUCUUCGCCCGACUAUGAAUUACACUCCUUUGCAUAUCUAUCUAUCUAUCUAUCUAUCUAUCUAUCUAUCUAUCUAUCUAUCUAUCUAUGCCUUCGAUUUAAACAUUGUAUUUCUUUCUUUUUUUCUAUCUAUCUAUCUAUCUAUCUAUCUAUCUAUCUAUCUAUCUAUCUAUCUAUCUACCCCUUCGAUUUAAACAUUGCAGGUCUAUCUAUCUAUCUAUCUAUCUAUCUAUCUAUCUAUCUAUCUAUCUAUCUAUCUAUAACAGGCCUGUAG